AUGGGCGUGGUGGUCUACGAUGAAGCGACCAAGUCCUAUGUGCCGGUUGGCGAGGCUGAGUUCAACGAAGAGAUGAAAAAGAAAGCCCUCGGAAAGAACAUGGAGGUGGUUCGACAAGUGAUCCUCAACACGCUCAGCGACGGUGCAGAAGGUCUUCAGACUCAAGUCUCAAAGCCCAUGGUCAAGCUGAUGACUUUGCUGGCUAUGCAGCCAAUGGUGGAUGGUUUCAAUGUGGAGAUGGCGGAGUUCAAAGCGCUGGAGCUGAAGUAUGUGUACCUCGACUUCUUCAUGAACAACCAGAUCUUCGUGGUCCUCUACACCCUGUUUUUUGUUUUGAUUGGCAUGUGCAUUGGCUUCUUCAUCCACAAGGUGAUCUACAACGAGAAGGUGGUCCACAUGACGCAAUGGUCUAUGCGGAUUCUUCGACGUCUACGGCGACGACGCGAACUCUCUUUGGUGGAUGACUGGGACCCGGUGAACCAAGAGCUGAAGCAAUUUCGUGUUUUGGCGGAUGCGCGAGAUGCAAUUCUGGAGAAGAAUUUUUCCGUGAGACGGAAACAGGUCUGGCGAAGAGCUGGAUUGGAUCCUUUGGAUGCAAGCAUCCUCCUAGACCCUGAGUUGUAUCCAGAGUAUGCCGCGGAGAAUGCCGAGGAGGAGAACAAGACUGAAGAUGAAGCAGUGAAUGCUCAGGUGCAAACCGAUUUUCACCUGCGGUAG